CCGGCAUGCCCCGCGCUAGGGAAAAUGGCGGCCCCCAGUCGGUGACUCUUCCGGGUGGCUGGGCGAGGGCUGGCGUCCCUGACGGGAGCCGACCAUGGCGGGGUUAUGGUGGCCUACGAGGCCGGCGGCCGGGGCGCUGAGGGCGUGGGGCCCGCGUGGGCCGCACCGCGGCAAGACUGUGCAGGUCCCCCGCAAGCCGCUGCCCCGCACGCCCUGGACCACCCGCGGGCCGCCCCCGGGGGCCCCCCUGCCCCGCAGCUGGCAGGACAAGCGGCCGGUGCAGGAGCAGAUCCCCGGGCUGGAGCAGGUCACCUACGCGGACAAGCAGUACUUCGUGCCCUGGCUGGCCCGGCCCCGCCACCCGCACUGGGAGCGUGGCUGGCACGACCCCCGCCACUCCCCGGGGCCGCGCUACGAGGAGAUGCCCCUCUACAAGGAGCGCGUCUGCUACGUGUGCCACCAGCGAGCCAAGAUGCUGGAAGGAGUAAGGCAAGCGCUCUGGCUAACAAAGACAAAAUUAAUGGAAGGCUUACCUCCAAAAGUACUUAGUAUUAUUGAUGAACCAGCCAACCAACUAGAGAAUCAGGAUGAGAAAGUACAAAAUGCAAUUUCUCAUGCACGUGUCUGGAAUACCACUGAACUUAUUCCCAAGAGAGAGAGUUAUUGCCCUGUACUCUUGGAAGACUUGUUACAUUUGUGUAGGACAAUGGCUAGCAAGUAUCCUUCCCUCUCUAAAAGAAUGUUGGCUAGAGACUACAAAGUGGCGGCUACAUGGGAGAGAGAAUCAUCUAUUCUUCAGGUUCGUGGCUUGAAUGGAAUACUUCUGAAUGCCAUUAAUCCAUUAUUGCCAGUAGCCUCCAAGGAUGAGAUUCUGGCUACUGAAAACCACAUUCUAGAGACCUUCCAUCCCAUCUCUCCUACAAUUGAUCUUCAGGAAGUUAAUGUAUAUGAAGAACGAAAUGAUACAGGUUUUAGAGAGGGUUAUCCCUACCCUCAUCCUCACACUCUGUACUUUGUGGAAUCAGCCAACAUUCGUCCAGCUCGAUUUAAACCAGAACAACUCCGGGCUAAAAUGCUCAUGUUUGCUUUUGGCAAUGCACUGGCAAAGGCGAAGAUGCUAUAUGGGGAUGAUCCCAAAGUUUUAGAGCACCCGGUGGUAGUACAAAGCAUUGGUACAGAGGGUCGUAUUUUCCAGUUCAUGGUGUUCCAGUUAAAUACAACAGACUUGGCUUCUAAUGAUGGUGUUAAAAACCUCGUCUGGAUUGAUUCUGAUCAGUAUAUGUAUGACUACAUCCGGUAUCUUCCAGGAAUCAGGAAGAAAGUUGUCAAGUUUCCUCCUGGAAUAUAUGGCUAUCUACCUGACACAUUCAAGAAGUUUCUGGCACUGUAUUUGCAUGGAGCUGUGCAAGAUUCUACUCAAACCAAAAUCCUUUAAGUUUACUUCCUGCUAUUUUCAUCAGAAGAUCGUACAGCUAAGCAAAUGUGAUCGUAUACUACUCUUAAAUGGAGUAAUUUAAGGGUUUAAAACCUAACAAUUUUUGAAAAUAAAAGACUUUUUUUUAGUGUG